UGGGCUAAGGGUUCCAGGGUCCCAACGGCACAUCCCCACCCAGAAAUUCCCAAAGAGACACUCCCCCGGGGGGUGCAAGGAUCGCAAACAACGUGAUGUACUAGUAAUUUCACUUUUAUUCAUUAUUAUUUCCAUUUUCAAAACAAUACAGAAACGAAUUAUUUUCAAGCAGUAUUCCUUUCAUAAUGUGGCCAUUACUAUUUUGAGCUUGAGUCAAGGGAGUGAAAAGCAGAGUAGAUAACCCUAUUACCUAUCUCACCCUUCUAGAGAUCUAUCCAUGAUCCAAAGAGCUAACCCUCCUACAGAGCGAAGGGACUGGGAAGGAUAACAAGACUUUUCCCCAGUUUCUCACGGUUAAUGAUCCGAAAUUUUCAUUCGGAACAAGCGGAUGGACGAAUGUGUGAACAAUACAAGCGCUGAUUUCUUCGGUGUUUACCUUCUGUACUGCUUAAAUCCUCGCUACAAGGGACGCACUUACAUCGGAUUUACUGUUGACCCUAAUCGCCGGAUCAAACAGCACAAUGGAGGGGUGCAGAAAGGAGGCGCGUACAGAACCAGUGGAAGGGGACCUUGGGAGAUGAUACUUAUAAUACAUGGCUUUCCUAGUGAUAUAAUUGCUUUACAGUUUGAGUGGGCAUGGCAAAAUCCAAGGAAAUCGAGACGUUUGCGACAUGUUGCCAACAAAACAUCGAAAGAAAAAGGCAUUGAUUUUUGCUUUAGAGUACUCUCAGCAAUGCUUAAUGUUGGACCUUGGAACCGACUUCCUCUUACGAUAAGAUGGCUGAAACAAGAAUACAAAAUGGAAUUUGAUGUGGAACAGCUACCUCCUAGGCAUAUGCCAAUAGUCUAUGGACCUCUGAACAAGAGAAAACCCAAGAAGGGCAACGAUGGAGGUAGUGAGGAAGUGGAAGAGGUCAAUAGCACUUCUUAUAGAUGUGUAGAAUGCUCUAAGAAGAUCAAGGAUGUUCAUGAUUGCAUUUCUUGUAUCACAGACAACUGUCCAAUGAAGGCUCAUUUAGUUUGCCUUGCUAAGAGAUUUCUCCAGAAUAAUGGAGAAGACUCAUUUCUGAUACCAGUAGAAGGCGAUUGCCCAACCUGUGCCCAUACAUUUUUAUGGCGAGAUUUAAUAAAGCAUCAUAAUCAGACAGAAGAGGCCUCAGAUCCAAAUUCAGAUAGUCCUCACUGGGCAGAGGAACUUAAUAGAUAUUGAAACACUUAACUUCAGUCAAGUUUGGUUGUUCACAGCACUUCUUUGCCUAUGUAAACUUGCAUCUUUUUUUCCCUUGUUCAAUUUUUCUCCUUCAUGAGAGAUAUGGUGUCUGUUGUGAGAUUUGUCCCUGAAAAUUCUAUACCAAUAUAACUUGCUCCUGUCAAUCUUUUGGAUGGGGGUUUUCAAGUUGAGUGUGUGAACAGACUGAUGUUUGUUUAAUACUCAGGCUAAAGAUUUUUAUAAUCUACAACAAUCUACAACACUGAAGCUAAGAAACUCUGUGCCUAAAUUCAACUUCCUCUUCUGGCCAUUCAAAUUUUCCUUCUGGGCAACCAUAGAAUGCAGCUGAAAUUGGAGAUGUGAAAUUGUUGCAUAUUCCAUAAUUCUUUGUAAAUUAUUUGCACAACACUUUUAUCAGCAUGUACAUAAAGAAUAAUUUAUUGCAAAUCAUUGGUAUGUAAAAAUUGUCAGUUAUGCAAGUAUUUGAAGCUUAUUACAUCACAUCGAGUAUUUAUUACAUUUUAAUCAAGCCCAAAUGGAUUUUACCAAUAUACAUAAGGCAAAAUUUGUAAAUACUUUUUAUGAAUAAAAUGUUGCAUUGAAAAACUUCCUAAAAAUUUGAUUGUAGUGAAUUGUACUUCAUUUCUCACCAUCAUUUUUUAUCUUUUUUUCAACAAUCAUCAACAGUCAUAUAAGUACUGGUGGGAAGGUUUACACUGGUUCAAGAAUGACAAUUUUCACAUUCUCCCUUGGAAGUAAGAUAUCAAAUGCAAGAGACUAUUUCAUUGAAUUAUUGUCUUAACACUACAAACAGGGUGAAAAAUUGAUGUACAACAGACAUUUUUGACAAAAUUUGAUGUGUUGGAAAUGCAAUGUAGCACGCAUACUGGUAGUUAUUGCUAUUUGAUUCAUGAGAGUGAGUGUAAUAUUCAGGUUGAAAUGAAACCACAUGGGGCGCUUUCCAUUCAAUUUUAAAUUUCUGGAAAUUUCAAGGGACGAAUGGAAGAGUAUUUUCUGGAAUUUCCU